UGUCUCUCUCUCUCUUUCUCUCUCUUCUUGGAAAAUGGUAUUAGGUGCUGGAUUUUUCUGGCCUUAACAGCAUAUUAUUAUUAUAAGCUCAUAUAGGGAAACAAAUACACUCCUUGUAGCACGCCGAUUUGAUUUCUCCACCUUAGUGAAAGCCUUAUAACCAUUUUCCUUAGGAAUUUACGGAAGGUGGGGUUUGACUUUGUGGUAAAAUAUGUCAGCUGUGGAGGUUACGGAAGGUCAAGUUUUUGAUUGAUUAGAGUUUCUGUUACCUCUUCAGCACUUCAUGUUUGUUGCCUUUUAAUUGAGAUUUCCAUCUCCGAAUGGAAUUGGAUCUUUCAUCUCAGGUCAACUUAUUCGUGCUGGGUUUUGAUUGGAUUGGAUGAUUUUCUCAUUUUCUGUGGGAAAAAUUUGAUUUUUCAUGGUUCAACCCGUCAAUUGUUGUUGAUGGGUCUGAGGAAAUCUAGUCUCCGUAGCUCUGCAAUUCGUCUGAGAAGAUUGUUUGAGGGCUACCCUUUUGGUUUGGAGCCUUGUUCCCAUAUAGUGUGGAUAAAGUGAUUUUAUAGCUGCAGGGUGUUUGAAGUUUCUUCUCUUAAGGAUUUGGGACAAGAUGGAUGAAGAUAGUAGCAAUUCUUGGAUAAGAAGGGCAAAAUUCUCCCACACAGUCUGUCACCGAUUGGAUUAUUCCAGAUCACGCUCUUACAUCAUUCAUUCAGAGCACAAUUCGGGUUUGAAAUCAAGGCCAGAAGCAGCAUCAGCAGGAUCAGCAUCAGCAUCAGCAUCAGCAGCAGCAGCACCUGUUUCUAAGGUUUCACUUUCUCAGGUUAAGAAAAAUCCCAUGACGAACAAGCAGAGAUCUUUGUCCCCUUCGCCUGAAACCUUUAUUUCUGAAACCUUUAAGGAAGCCAAACAUGAACAGAAGAGGUUCUCAACACCUGGCCCACGGAAGAAAGACCAGGAUAAGAGAAUCAUGGGGAAGUUACUGAACAAGGAUUCUCAGGUGUCCAAUUCUAAAUCCCCUUACAAUAGUCCAAUUAAGCACUUUGCAUCAAUGAAAUUAAGCGACAAGUUCAGGUACCGCAAGGAAUCAGGGUGGAUAAAGUAUUUUGACCUUGGUGGAGGAAGGGUUACUGCUGUGGAAACUGCUGAAGAAUGGAACGUUGACCUCUCUCAGCUCUUUCUUGGUCUUAGGUUUGCUUAUGGAGCUCACAGUCGCCUUUACCAUGGUAUGUAUAAGGAGGAACCUGUUGCUGUAAAAAUUAUCAGGGUACCCGAUGAUGACGAAAAUGGAACCUUGGCUGCUAGAUUAGAGAAACAGUUCAUUAGAGAAGUUACACUUUUAUCUCGCCUCCACCAUCAAAACGUUAUCAAGUUUGUAGCAGCAUGCAGAAAGCCACCUGUUUAUUGUGUAGUCACAGAAUAUCUUUCUGAAGGUUCCUUGAGGGCAUAUUUGCAUAAGUUGGAGAGAAAAACUAUUUCUCUACAAAAGCUAAUUGCUUUUGCUCUGGAUAUUGCUCGUGGAAUGGAGUAUAUACACUCUCAAGGUGUCAUUCAUCGCGACCUUAAACCGGAGAAUGUCCUUAUUAAUGAAGACUUUCACCUUAAAAUUGCUGAUUUUGGCAUUGCUUGUGAGGAAGCAUACUGCGACUUAUUUGCUGAUGACCCUGGUACCUACCGCUGGAUGGCACCUGAGAUGAUCAAACGAAAAUCCUAUGGGAAAAAGGUUGAUGUAUACAGUUUUGGACUUAUCUUAUGGGAGAUGGUGACCGGAACAAUACCAUAUGAGGAUAUGACUCCUGUCCAGGCUGCUUUUGCAGUGGUAAAUAAGAAUUCACGGCCUGUUAUUCCUUCAAACUGCCCAGCUGCAAUGCGAGCUUUAAUUGAGCAAUGUUGGUGCAUGCAUCCGGACAAGAGGCCUGACUUCUGGCAGGUUGUUAAGGUAUUAGAGCAAUUUGAAUCUUCGCUUGCUCGUGAUGGAACCCUGACUCUGCUGCAAAACCCUUGUUGCCAAGAUCAUAAAAAAGGGCUUCGUCAUUGGAUUCAAAAGCUUGGUCCUGUGCAUCAAAAUAGUGGCCCUGUCCCUAAACCUAAAUUUACAUGAAACUUCUAAGUGGCUUGACUUUUGUAGUACACCAGGUCCAUUGUAAGUAAUAUUGUUUGGUUUGAAAUAUCCC